AUGGCAGGUCGCCUUUUCUCCCUCCAGCGGGCCGAAAUGCUCGAGAACCGACAAGGUGCUGAUUUCAUGGGAUCCACCAAGUUUGGUCUCAAGAAGACAAACUUCAUCAUCAUCCGCAAAAACGAAAAAGAAGUCACAAACAGCCCUGCAACCCUUGCCAAGGUUCAAGGUCCUGCUUGGCCCCACACGUCAUUAUACGUCAUGGGUCCGGCCUUUGGUCGGCGCGAUGAGGCAAGCACUGCCCCAGAGGAGGGGGCCAAUGGGCCAAGUCUGUUUACGUGUGGAAAAGAAUAUAUCUACACAAACUCGCGCAUCAAGAGCACAACUCCGUUCAGCUUCUACUGCUUGGGCAAGCCAUCUUAUGUAUUCCAAAGGGACAUGGGACUUGAAGAACGGAAAACAGGAAACGCGGUCUGCCCAACGCCGGCGCUGCUUUGA